UUAAGCGCUUAGAUUUAAAAAAAGAAAAAAAAAACUGAAAACGAACAGAAACGCUUUGAAAACAAAUUAUAAUGGCGGCACUGAGCUCUUCCUCAUCUUGUAUAAGGUCACGACCAGUUUCGUUUCCUUACAGUAAGACCCCUACAACUUCAAACUCUCUUAGCCUCAAAAUUGUUCAGUUCAACGACCACCACAAAAGGUCGCCGUUUCGCGUUUCGGCCGCAAUCUCAUACUCGAAAGCUCGUUUCGUUGCCCGGCGCAAAGAGUCCGUUACGGUUCUCCAGCUCCAGCGGCCUUAAUUGGAGUAUAUGAGCUUGCCGGCGAGUCAGUACUCGGUGUUGGAUGCGGAGAGAAUAGAGAGAGUGGAUGAUAACACUUUCAAAUGUUAUGUCUAUAGGCUGAAGUUCCUUGCGUUUGAAGUUUGCCUUGUUUUGCUUGUUAGAGUUGAAGAACUGCCCAAUGGUUGCUGCAUUAACCUCUUGUUCUGCAAGUUGGAGGGCUCACCAAUUGUGGUAGCGCCGAAUGACAAGUUUGAUGCUUCUAUGUUAAACAGAAUAUCAUGCGAUAGCAGCAAACAACUACUAACUUCAGAUGCAAUUAUUGAGGUUAGCAUUGAGAUCCCUUUUGCAUUCAGAGCACUUCCAGUGGAAACUAUAGAAUCAACUGGGACGCAAAAUCUAGAGCAAAUACUUAAACUUAUGCUUCCUCGCUUUAUGGUUCAGCUAGUUAAAGACCAUCAAGCUUGGGCUACAGGCGAUACCUUGGGGAAGCCCCUUGGAACUGGUGAGAUUUGAAACUGCAAAGAACAAGAUUGGCUACUGCUGAUUAUGAAUUCGUAAGCUUUUUCAACUGAAUCUGAGCCAUGUUCAAGUUUAUAGUGUGCUCUAGGUUCACUAUUCUGUCCAUACCGUGGAUUGUUUACACAGAGAGAAAUUUGUUUACUUCUAUAGAAAUUAUUUUGGUUGCUGUAGAAUGUUAAGCAUUCUCCUUCCUGGGUAGCUUUUUGCAGGCUCAGUUGUGCAGCAACCUUCCACGUUCUUCCAAAUUUAAGAAGGUUUUUACUUAGAAAGUGGUUCCAAAUGAAAUAUACAUUUCAAUUUACCGUCUGAUUAUGAUCCGAAUGUAUUAUAAAAUUAUCAAGAGUUUUAGAAGAGAAAGCAAUAUUAGUAU